GAUAGUUGACCACGUUAAUUCGGAUUUGGACAUAUCAAAGGAUGAAUUUAUUCGUGUUUUUCUCACUUGUGUAUACAAUCUUAUAUCUACUAUUGGACCAGAACAUGGAUAUAUGACUUCCGAACCAUCAAAUUGUUUAUUUGCAUUAAAACUUGGAUAG